CUGACUUUUGGGCUUCUUACCGGAAACUUCAAUAUUGUCUCCUUCUUUGUGUAUUUCCCUUUCGCAGAAAACACUUCACAAUGUCGAAGAGAGGUCGUGGUGGUACCGCCGGAGGAAAAUUCCGUAUCUCACUUGGUUUGCCAGUUGGUGCUGUUAUUAACUGCGCUGACAACACAGGUGGUAAAAACUUGUAUGUAAUCGCUGUUCAUGGCAUCCGUGGUCGUUUGAAUCGUUUGCCAGCUGCUGGAGCUGGUGACAUGUUCGUCGCCACUGUCAAAAAAGGAAAGCCAGAAUUGCGUAAAAAGGUUAUGCCUGCCGUUGUGAUUCGGCAACGAAAACCAUUCCGAAGACGGGACGGGGUGUUUAUAUACUUCGAGGACAAUGCGGGCGUGAUAGUGAAUAACAAGGGUGAAAUGAAAGGUUCCGCUAUUACUGGUCCAGUCGCAAAAGAAUGCGCCGAUUUAUGGCCUCGUAUUGCUUCGAAUUCAAGUUCGAUUGCUUAAAAGUGAAACGAUCAAAACCAUCAAUGACCAUGCACACGUUUAAGCUUAUACCAAAAUUGAGAUAAUAAAUAAAAAUUUCCAAUUUUGAUGAAGUUGAA